GUGAAUGUUGAGAGCGUCGAGAUGGAGCCCAACUCACUCACGUGGGUCGGCUCACCUUGCGGUUUUCACGGACCUUACAUUUUCUACAAGGCUUUUAGGUUUGACAUUGAAGCCAAUCCUCGGAUCCUGUCUCUGGGAGACUUUUUCCUAGUGAGGUGUAGACCCGGGGAACCGCUCUGCAUAGCGGAGCUACAGCUGUUAUGGGAAGAAAGAACCAGAAAACAACUUUUAUCCAGCUCCAAACUUUAUUUUCUCCCCGAAGACACCCCUCAGGGACGGAUUGUCAGUCACGGAGAGGAUGAGGUCCUGGCUGUGUCUGAGAAGGUGGUGGUGAAGUUACAGGACCUGGUCAGAUGGACUGUAUGGGACUCUUCAGGCUGGAGCAGGGGCCUGAAGGCUGCACCUCUAAAGCCCAGUGAGGUGCUCCAAGAGCUGGAGAAGAAUGGACAGAGAGACACCCCUGUCCUCCACCGGUGCAGAGAGUCAACACUCAACACCGGCCUCAACUUCAAAGACGUUUUAAAGGACACGACUCAACUAGGUGAUGACGGGGACCAGAAGCGUGUGUCGGUGCUGUCUUACCCCCAGUAUUGUCGCUACCGUUCCCUAUUGGCCCGGCUGAAAGAAAGACCCGCCUCUCUCCUCACCUCACAGGUGGUUCUGGCCCUGGGGGGCGUGACCUCACUCACAGACCACACCCAUAUCCUGUACUGCAGGGACACCUUUGAACACCCCACCCUCAUCGACAACGACAAUGUCUGUGAUGAGUUCGGUGAGUGCCUGAAAUAUUACUACUGUACUGAAAUACCCCCUGUUGUACUGAUAUGCUCUGUCCUGUCGAGUGUGACACUGUUCUCCACACUGACCCUGCUUGUCACUUCCUGCUUUGAUGUGAUCAGUGUUGUCAGUGUGAUCCGUGUGAUCCUUGUUGUCAGUGUGAUCCGUGUGAUCCGUGUUGUCAGUGUGAUCCGUGUUGUCAGUGUGAUCAGUGUUGUCAGUGUGAUCAGUGUGAUCCGUGUUGUCAGUGUUGUCAGUGUUGUCAGUGUGAUCAGUGUUGUCAGUGUGAUCAGUGUUGUCAGUGUGGGCAGUGUUGUCAGUGUGAUAAGUGUGAUCAGUGUUGUCAGUGUGAUCAGUGUUGUCAGUGUGAUCAGUGUUGUCAGUGUGAUCAGUGUGAUCCGUGUGAUCCAUGUGAUCCGUGUUGUCAGUGUGAUCCGUGUUGUCAGUGUGAUCAGUGUUGUCAGUGUGAUCAGUGUUGUCAGUGUGAUCAGUGUGAUCCGUGUUGUCAGUGUGAUCCGUGUUGUCAGUGUGAUCAGUGUUGUCAGUGUGAUCCGUGUUGUCAGUGUGAUCGUGUUUGUGAUCAGUGUUGUCAGUGAGAUCAGUGUUGUCAGUGUGAUCCGUGUGAUCCCUGUUGUCAGUGUGAUCCGUGUUGUCAGUGUGAUCCGUGUUGUCAGUGUGAUCAGUGUUGUCAGUGUGAUCAGUGUUGUCAGUGUGAUCAGUGUGAUCAGUGUUUGUUGA